AUGGUUGCCUUUGAUGAUUCUAACCCCUUCAUUCUUCAUUCUUCUGACAAUCCUGGCAUUGCCUUAGUUUCUCAUCCUCUUACCAGUGAAAACUAUAAUUCUUGGAAGAAAGUAAUGUGCAUGGCUCUUCAUGGGAAGAACAAAUAUGGGUUUGUCGAUGGUUCAAUUCCUGAACCUGCUUUGGGUCACUCAACUCAUGCUUUGUGGCAUCGCAACAAUAGUAUCCAUGACUUGAUCACUCUGCAACAAGGUUCCAUGUUUGUUUCCUCUUUCUACUCCAAGCUUCAUUCUUUGUGGGAGUCAUUAUCAGAACUGAAGCCCUCACAUAGCUGCACCUGUGGAGGAAUUAAACCUUGGUGUGAUUUUGAACAAAUGGAGUAUGCUAUGCAGUUCUUGAUGGGGUUGAACGAAUCUUUCUCUACUAUCAGAGGUCAAAUUUUAUCCAUGGAUCCCUUUCCCUCAGCAAUUAAGGUUUUUGCCUUAGUUGUUCAAGAAGAAAAACAAAAGGAAGUUGGUGCUUCCACCUCUGCUAGUGAAGUUUCACAUGCUUUUGCCUUGAAGACUUCUUCUGCUGCACGCAAUCAUCCUGACAAUCGCUUCAAAGGAUCUUCCAAGAAUCGCCCCUUGUGUGCUCAUUGGGGUAUGUUGGGUCAUACUCAGGAUCGUUGCUUUAAGUUGCAUGGUUAUCCUCCAAAUUAUAUGAGGACUGGUUUUUCCUCAGAAGCAAAGAAACAUUGUUCUUCUUCUGAACCACCACACAAGGUUGCUCAACAAGUAUCUGUUGAUAUGUCUCACUCCCAACCUUCCUCUGGUGACUUGGGUUCCCAGUUUCAGCUUACUGCCCAGCAAUAUAGCCAAUUGAUGAAUCUUUUAGAAAGUCAUGUUACCAAUGCUAUCAUCCCUCAAGAUUCUGGUGCCAGCAUUCAUAUUUCUUGUUCCCUUCAUCAUUUUCGAUCUUACCAACUUGUUUAUGAUAAAACUGUCACUCUGCCUAACAAUGAUGUUAUACCUAUCCUUGCCAUUGGUUCGACUCAGUUUGGUGUAUCUAUCAAAUGCCUCAGGUCUGAUAAUGCUAAGGAACUUGCCCUCACUCAGUUUUUGGCUUCCAUGGGCACUCUUCAUCAAUUUUCCUGUGUUGAAAGGCCAGAACAGAAUUCAGGUGAUUGUGUUACCACUGCAGCUUUUCUCAUCAACAGAACCCCUUCACCAUUACUGCAACACUACUUACCCUACAAUAUUCUGUUCAAAAAGGAACUUGACUAUCAUGCCUUAAGAAGUUUUGGCUAUUUAGCAUUUGCUUCCACUCUUCCAUCAUCAAGGAACAAGUUUUCUACUCGAGCAACGCCUGCUGCAUAUCCCAUCCAGCAUCAUUGUUCCCUGUUGCCUCAUAGCCCCCCUUAG